CAGCCGAGCGGCAUCCGCACACCCUGCUAGCCUAGGAGCGCAUCGAGGGAGCCCGCUCAAGCUGAAGCGCUGCACGAGCUGUGUCUUCCUUCUCUCCGCCGCCAAUGCGGGCAGGAUGCGAGCAAAAGACCCGGCAAAGAGGGCGCCGAGGGGGCGCAGCCGGGGCGCUGGGCGGACCCAGAGGGGACAUGGAGAGGAACGCGGAAGGUGCCCUCUGCGGUGGGCAUUACUAUUUCCACCAUCCUCAUGAUGGAUCUGGAAUCCACGGGGGUCCCCUGCCCAGGAUCGUGCAGCCUGUGGAAGGCAGCAGGCGCCGGGAUGCCGAAUGAAUUGAAUGAGCUUCUCGGGGAUUCCCUGAGCUUGGUGAACGGAGAGCCCACCCUGACGGUCAGGCCUAACCCCACCGCCAAUAACAGAGCAGCCCUAGGUGGAAGUGGGCUGCCUGUGCCUGGCACUGGGAGCGGCAGAGGCGGCUGCCGCUGUGGAAGUAGCGCCCGCAGUGCCAAGCUCCUGUGCCUGGGAGGACGCGGGCACUGGGCGACCUGCAGUCGGGGCUGCCCCCAGGCAGGCCUCCCGGGCUUUCUCACAGCGCGGCUCGCGGGAAACGACGCUGCCCUAUGGCACAGUGAAGUAAGGCGAUGGCUGCUCUCAGCCAGAGGCGGGGCUGGGGGAGGGGGCCAGAGAUGCCCCGGGAGCCCCUGGACCCUCUGGAGGGUCGGGUGGGGGAGGGGAGAUCUCUGUCUUGACCACGCACUUGUAACCCAUUCUUGGCACACCGGGAUACCUUGCCUGCAGGUAGUGCUCUGCUCUCGGGGAGAGGGCACAACCUCUAAUCCUCUGACCGAGGCUCUCUGCCUCUCACAAGAAGCCCCCAACACACUGGUUUUCCUCACAGCCUGCCCCAACUGCUCAUCGGAACCUGCAGCCCCCUUCCCUGCCCCAAAUGUCCCUCUGCGGAUCCCAUUACCCUACUUUCUGUCGAGCCCAACUGCCCUAUCCUUUAUACAGGCUGUCGGGGGCAAUGGUGGUGAGCAUGGGCUAUGGAGUCAGAUUGCCUGGGUUCAAAUCAUGGCUCUGCCAUCUUCUGACUGUGUGACCUUGGGCCAGUUUCUUUAUUUCUGUGCCUCAGUUUUCUCAUCUGUAAAAUUGACGGGAUGGUGGCAUCUGUCUCAUAGAGUGGCUGUGAGGGUAACGGGCACACUGCCACAGGCACGAUGAACGUCAGCUCUUGUUGCCAACCUCCCCCCACAACACACACAGCUUAGUAACUCUACCCUCACCCAACACAUAACACCUAGCUUGUCCCUCAUAAUGAGCUCUCAGCCUAAAUCAGUGCCCUCAGCAAACCUGUGGCGCAGGGCACGUGUUAGGGUAGACAAGAUCCUGGGGAAGACUCACUGACUCCACCGAAGCACUGGCUGCAGCUGGGAUUGGCCCAGACAUUUAAGAGCCGAGGACUAAGCAAUGCCUGCAUUGCCUGCUAUGUGCAUAUGUCGAGCAGGACGGCAGUGUCAGGCCACUGGCCAGUGGGGACCAGCCUCUGAGCUGGUCAUCCGAACACCCUAGGAAAGAGUCCACCCCGUCCUACAUGUUCUAUCACUGCUUGGCCUAGCUAAGCCAAGCACCUGGGCCCAAGCCCCACCGUGGAGAUGGUGGCUGGAGCAGUGUCCAAGGUCACAGAUGGAGGAAUGCGACCUCCAGCCCAAUCUCGACUCUGCUCUUUGCCAGUUCAGUCUUGCCCAAGUCACUUGGGUUCUCCAAGCCUAUGAUCUCCUCUUUAAAAUGGAAGGGAGAGCUGGGCAUGGCGGUUCAUGCCUGUAAUCCCAGUACUUUGGGAGGCUGAGACGGGAGGAUCACAUGAGGCCAGGAAUUCAAGACCAGCCUGAGUAACAUGAUGAGACCCCUAUCUCUACAAAAAAAACAAAAAACAAAAAACACUUUCUUUUUUUUGUUUGUUUGUUUUUGUUUUUGUUUUUAAUUAGCAGGGCAUGAUGGUGUGUUUCUGUAGUCCCAGCUACUCGGGAGGCUGAGGCGGGAGGAUCAGUUGAGCCCAGGAGUUCAAGACCAGCCUGGACAACACAGCAGACCCCAUCUUUAUAAAAUAAAUUCAGUAAAAUGGAAGGGAGAGAGUCCAUCUCUAUUCCAGGUGCUUGGUCCUGGGGGAAGGUAGGGGAAGGGGCAGAGAAGGAAGCAGGAGAGGCAGCACCAACACCUCUUCCCACCUGUGGGAGAUUCUGCUCUCUCAUUGGCUGGAGCUGGGCUUGCCAGAAAGUCAGAUGUGGCCAGUCAUCUCUC